AAGAUGUUGGACAUUGCAUACUGAAGAAAGAAAACUGGACGUGUGCUCAAUUUAGACUGUACGCUACCAAUUGGAUGGCGUUGUCUUCUGACUGCUUCAUCAAAAAGGAUGCGCUUUCAUCGCUUGAAGAUUUGUGUGUCAGGUGUGUGUGUAAGAAUCUCAAUGUACUGACCUAUUUGAGCAACGAAAACUGUGAGGUUAAGCGAAAGUGGAGGUUUCCAUAUCCAGGGUUCAGACUGGUCGCUCGUCCCUCCCAGAAAAUUUUGCUACAGCUGUGCAAACGAAGCGCUCUAGAUGAUGAUCGAAUGAGUCUUUUUACAGCAGAUUGUGUUGACCUGGUGUCUCCAGUUAUCAAAGAGGCAAAUGUCGGUCCCGCUUCAUUAAAAGUUCUCAAAGAUUUCCACUUAUACAGUCUUUCUGCAAUGAAUUUAACGAAAGUAAACCUGAAUACUAUUAUCAGUUGUCUUGGUGAAUGGACAGUCCAAAAUCUGAUGUGCCUUAAUAUAUCAGGAACUUCUAUUUUAUGUGAAACUCAUCUACCCAUUUUAGUCGCACUAGGGAGGUUCAAAAACCUAAGCGUCCUAAAUGCAAGCAGGACAGAACUAAGUACACAAUGUCUGCAAAUCAUUGCUGAUGACCUUUUAAAUCUGCGUUAUCUUAACAUCUCCCGAACACGUGUGACGGAUAUAACUCCUCUACUGAAUAUCCGUGAUCGCCUCAACGGGCUAAUAAUGCAUCGUUUGCAGCUGGAAAGGACAGAUGAUAUUGAGAAGUUAUUGUGCAAUGUAGUUGAACUCCAUCAACUACGCAUACUUGAUGUUUCUGACAAACCGCGGACUAAUAUUGGGAGGUUUGACGCUGUUGACAGACUGUGCUCUUCUGAAGCUUUGCCGUUCUUGGAGCACAUAGAUUUAUCGGGAAACCAGUUUGGGUUGAAACUCAGUGACGCAAGGACUCUGCUCGAGAACCAUCCGAGACUUACGUUUGCCGGGUUCGCAUCCUGGCUUUCAAGUCAUGAACAUGAGUUGGAAGGAGUUUAUAGGCUUUCUCAUCAGUAUCCUUAUAUCACAAUGUUGGGAGACAGAGGUGACCAACUGCUAUUGAAUACAUUGACACGUAAUAAGGAUAGAGCUUUUUAUCUUCAGCAUGCUCUUCAUAGUAUCUUUGAAGCUACCAGCAACCGUGAAUCUGUGAAGCCAGAUCUUCUGCAGGCUGUUUUACGCGUGAUGCGGCUGCAUCUGAGAAGAAUGGAAAUGAUAUUGGCCGGAACGGCUGUAAUAUACAACUUAACUAGAAGUGAGCAAAGCAACCAACUCCCUUUGGAUCUAUUAAAUCGUUCAGUUCGUAUGACGUUGACGGCAAUGGAGAAGUUUCCAGACAAUAGGCAACUACAAAAGAAUUGCUUUUUAACAUUGUGUAGCGACACUGUACUUUAUCGAGCUACGUUCAACUGUAUACAAUGUUGUGAGUUGGUUUUCAAUAACUUGCUUGCAUUUGAUGAUAUUCAUAUGAAGCGUAUGGGCGUGGCGAUAAUUUCAAUACUAGCUGCAGAAAUUUCAACGUCUGGGUUAUCUGAUCUAGCAAAAGAUCCAAGAAGAAUCGAAUGUUUACUAAGUUAUGUUGCUGACAAAUGUCUCCUAGUGUCAGAUGUACCAGAUCUUGGUUCAUAUUUGCGCAGCUAUAUGCCUCAAUUGCGUCUUCGUACUGAGGGAGCACCGAUUUUUGAUACAACUCUGCGAUUCACGUUAUCCGCCUUGUGGAAUCUAACUGAUGAAUGUCCAGAAGCCUGUUUAAGAUUUGUCCGACAGGGUGGUUUAAUUAUUUAUGAAAAAGUUUUAAAGCGAUUCGCUGAUCAGGGUGAAGAAACUAAGAAUCAUGUAUAUACGAAAUGUCUUGGUCUACUUAAUAAUGUUGCCGAAGUUGAGCAGACGCGCGAAACGUUACUGAAAGAAAGUCUAAUGGACUUCUUUUUCAAAAUGCUCAGGCAUCCUUGUAUUCAGAUCAGCUAUUUUGCUGCCGGUAUUAUUGCUCAUUUAUCCUGUUUGAAAGAUGAUAUUUGGCUGCGUAAUAUUCAGUCAAGCAAAGAUAGUUAUGUGAAGCUAUUGGGUCAAGCUGUCUGCAAUUGGCAACCACCACAGUCUGAAAUGGUUGCUUAUCGUUCAUUCGAGCCUUUUGGUUUGCUAGUUUUACAUCCAGAAAGUCGCCUAGAAAUACAUCUAUGGGCUGUUUGGGCUAUACAUCAUAUAUUGACAAGGAAAGAGAUGCGUUAUGUACCUGUAUUAUGUGAAUGCCAACCACUCUUGUCGUUUCUGCGUUUAGUUGUUUCCUUUGAUGAAGCAGUCUUAUGUGCUCAUAGUUUGCAAAGACAAUUAUCAGAUCAAGAGUUUCAAAAUAUCGAAAGACACUUUCCUGAUGCUACUAAUUCUGUGGAAAGCUGCAAUCAAAUAAGAUCAUCACCCAUUUCCUAUGAUGCUGUUUACGACCAAUCUAACAGUGAACAUUCUCGUUCAGUGUUGUUUCCUGAUCACUUUUCUGAAUCAUCUGCUUUAUCUGGAGGUUCAGGUGAUUGUUUUAUGACUGAUAACCAGCCACCUCAGUCUUCUAAACGCUCUUCAACUGUAGGGCAUGUUGAACCUGUAGGACAGAGUGCUGCAGGCGUUGUCGCAUUUGUAGGACCUGAUGAAUCUCAGCUUGCUUGUGCUAGACUUAUUCGUAAAAUGGCAUUGGAGAUACUUGCAUCAGUUGACCGGACACUACCUACUUUGCAGUCUACGUCUGUUCAUAGUAAUAAUAAUAACAACAGACAACAUGACCCAUCCACCUCUCAAUGUUAAAUCAUUUAGCACUCAUGCAUGUAUUUUAAGCAUUCUCUUCUUCAAGUUUCCGGUUUUUUAAAUGUUCUUCUAUUUGUCUUGGAAUCACUAUCAAAGUUAAUUAGUUUAUUAUUUAUUCUAUCUGUGAUCAAUUUAACAAAUACACGUAAAUGUGCGUUUGUAGUAUUGAAUUGUAUAUCUAUACAUAAAUUGUAAUUCUUUUCUCCCUAGUCUAUGAAGUACUAUUGUCGUUGAGAAUUUUUCUUGUAUAAGUACAUAAAUUAAUUCAUAAG